AUGGUUUCGUGUGUUGACGACUUAAUUUAUAAAUUAUACGACUAUUUAAAGAAAUCUGGUGAUGCUGUCCUUAAUAUUGUUAAUUUCGUACAAAAGUUACGCUGUGGUAGGAUAUUAUUGGAAAAACUAAUAUUGGGUAAAUUUCAUAGUGUCGAAACUUUAUCUCAUCCAUUUCCAGGAAAAGUAAAAUUGGAACUACGAAGAAGAGUUUUAAAUCCUGAUAAAUUCAAAGCGUUUCAAGAGGAAUUGAACAAUGCUUUGGAGAAUGAUAACGAGAAAUUACCUAUGUACUAUUUACCUUAUUUAAAUGGUGUUAUUAAUGAAACUAAUAGGUUAUGGCCUGUUGUAAUGGCGAUUCUUUGUUUUAAACUUUUACAAAAAGUUACUAAUAAAUGUUUGGUUAACGUUAUUAUUUUUAGAUGUCGGAAAUUUCCUGCAGAAAUUACGAUUAUUAAAGGAUAUACAAUUCCUGCUAAUUAUUUAAAUACCAUCACGAUCCAACCUAUUGGUAGUAACAAUGUACCGGUCAGUCAAAAAGAAUACAUCGUUUUCUCACCUCAUCUCUAUGUUGUAUAUUACUUUCAGAAUACUGGGAGAUCUUUUCCUUCAGUCGAAGGAAUCAAAAAGUGGUCGCCUAAGCAACUUGUUGAUUUCUUAGAGUCUGAACAUAAAUUAGAUCUUACGAAUAUUACUCGACAUAGGCCACCUAAUCUUGUAUACGUAUUUGUUGAUAAUUUAAACAUCUUGAUUGAGGGAAAUUACACCGCUUCUAACCAAAUUCAGAACGGACGUAAAUUAGGCGGUGCUCGACCACCUCCUAACGAUUCAUUGUGGUCUCGCAUUAAGGAUCAAGGAUUUGAGGACCUGGCCGCACUGAGAUCUCUUGAGGUUAUUGAUGCCAACAUAUGGUUUAAUGCUUUAAAGUUGUUCGGUUGGUGGGAAUCGGAGAGUAAGGUCUUGCGAUUUUACUUUAAUAAUUCGGAAACUUAG